UUUGUUUUUAUGCAUCUAGAGCCCAUGAAAGGCACCACACCUAUACAAGCAGCCUUUAUCGGAGAGUGAAAUUUGAGGUAUUUCAAAUUUUCUUGUGGCCAUCCAAAAAUAAGCAUCUGUUGACAAUGACUAAAAACGCAGUUGUUUCAUCUUAAGGUCUUAACAAAAGUUGUAGUUCUUUGUUUUUCAACUUUAUUGAUGCAAAGAAUACAGCAACUCUACUAGCAAAAUAUAAAGACACACUACAAAAUACUUUUUAGGGGUUCUCAAACCUAUCUCAUCUUUCUCCUAACAUGAUGCGCACAUAAAAGCAGCCAACAAAAACUAGAGCUUUUGGCGCAUAUUUUAAGCAUUGAAUCAUGACGAUAGCUUUAGCCGUUGUGUCAUAAAGCUCAAAAGAAGCCAGAAUAGCGGAGUAUGAAAAGCAGGUCCUGGAUAAUAACCCUUCAAAAUUUUGACCUUUUGACCAUUUUGAACAUAUUGAUUUUUAGUGUCGCAAAUGACACCAAUAGUGCCUUGUGGCCUAAUAAACAUGAUCUGUAUGUGUUUUGGGUAUUCGAGGCACUAGGGACUGUUUUGUUCUCCACUAGUCAUCCAAUCAAUGCUCGCCAUGUUUGAGUUGUAAGUUGAUAUAAAAAGCAAUUGUUUCUUAAUUAUGAAAUAUAUAUUU